AUGCCACACAUGGUUCUGCUGGGGACGCUCGACACAAAGCUCCCUGAGAUACUCCAUCUCCAUUCCCGACUGGUAGCUCUUUCCUCGCCUGGUGCAUCGAUCACUGUAAUCGAUUGUGGCCGUAGUCCUGUCGUCCAUCCGGUCAUCGGUAUCUCUCAGCAUGAGCUGGUCACGAAAUUCGCUACGAAAGAAGAACGGGACACCCUGCAAGAACUGCCACGCGGUGAAGCCAUCAAAUUCAUGAUUCGAUGUUCAACUUCAUGUAUAGAAGAGCUACACAGAAAGCAGCAUAUCCAUGGCAUCAUCAGCGCAGGUGGCAGCGGAGGUACCAGUCUAGCUUCGGCAGUGAUGCGAACCCUGCCAAUAGGCCUUCCAAAGCUUAUCGCAAGCACAGUCGCCUCUGGAGACACUGGCCCGAUUGUUGGGGAGACCGAUAUAACCUUGAUGUACUCCGUUGUUGAUAUAGCAGGUACCAAUAAUCUUCUGAGGAAUAUCUUGAACAACGCAGCUGCUGCCAUGGCUGGUAUGUCAUCAGCUUACGAGCAACAGCUUCAACAUCAGCCAGAGCAACGGAAAGAGAAUCAGAAACUUCGAGUUGGCAUCACAAUGUUUGGUGUCACUACCCCUGGCGUUGACAAAAUCCGCGAGCAUCUCGAGUCCAACUACGCGGUCGAAACAUACGUCUUCCAUGCUACUGGACACGGAGGCAAGGCGAUGGAGCGCUUGAUCUCAGAGGGUCGUCUAGACGCUGUACUCGACCUGACCACUACCGAGAUCUGUGACUUCCUUAUGGGCGGUAACAUGAGCGCUGGACCCUAUCGUCUCGAAGCAGCCUUGAAAGCAGGUAUUCCGACCAUUAUCUCUCUUGGUGCGACCGACAUGGUCAACUUUGGACCGAAAGCAAUAGUACCGGAAAUAUAUCAGCAGAGGAAGCUGUUUGAGCACAACCCUACAGUGACCUUAAUGCGUACCACCAAGGAAGAGUGUAAAGCCAUUGGCGAGUUCAUAGCGGACAAGAUCAAGCGCUUCGCUGUCGAUCCCAGCAUGGUGCAGAUUACUCUACCAAGAGGCGGUGUCAGUAUGAUCGCCACGCCAGGAGGUGCCUUUGAGGAUCGCGAGGCUGAUGAUGCAUUGAUCGAGACCCUUGUCUCUCGGCUGCANGAUUCCGGCAUCUCUGUCGUUCAUGACGAGAGAGAUGUCAACGAUGAAGGAUUUGCUGUGAAGAUUGCUGAUGGUCUGAUGCGACUAGCACGUUCAACAUGA